AUGGCUGCCGGUUUAGUUCUAAGCGAUUCCCAAAAGAGAGCAAUCUACGAUCAAUAUGGUGAAGAAGGGCUCAAAGGCCAAGUGCCACCACCUCAACCUGAUGCUGGGGGACCUGGUGGGGCCUCCUUCUUCCAAACUGGGGAUGGCCCAACAGUUUUCAGGUUCAACCCCAGAAAUGCAGAUGACAUUUUCUCUGAGUUUUUCGAGCCCGGCCACUUGGAGGAAUGGGAAGCAGUGGUAGUGGAAUUAAUAAGGAGUAGUUCAUUUGGGGAUGAUAUGUUUACUUCAUUUGGGGAGGGCAGGCCUACGAGUCAGGGUCCGCGAAAGGCUCCUCCUAUUGAAAAUACGCUGCCUUGUAGUUGUAGCUUCGAGGAGCUACAUAAUUAA